UUUUUUAGUUAAAACUCUACUAAGUCAACCAAGAACAUCCUUUCAAUGAUAAAUCUUGCAAGUUAGAUCGGCUUGGAUCGAACAGGCUUGUUCACCCCAUCAACCUCUCUCCCAGGCUGAAGACGGCAAGAGAGGAGACACCCUGGAAACGAGUUUGUCUCGUUGUCAACGUAGUGACGAACCUUGUCGGAAGUAUCUUUCCGAGAAACUCUUUGUGAUAUGAAAGAAACAAUUCUGAGAAUUUUCUUCCUCUUCCUAAAUGCUCCAGUUUCCCAGAAUCUCGGACGAUGACGUCAAGUGCAACGAUUUGACUCCUUAAAGGGAGACGCUAGGGUGACAAAGCACGCUGAGAAGGAGGAACUACAUUUCCCGUCACUCAAAUCAGACAGUAGUGUCCCCAGAAGCGCCAUGGCGGAAGCAAGUGCGAGUUCUCCCACUAAUUCAGGGAAAAUAGCUCUAGAUCAUGGCAAAUUUUUUAAAUACGAGUCUAUACGCAUCGAGUGGACCAAACACUUUGAGAAUCAUUACUUUGAUGAAGUUCAUGUGGUGAAAGGAUUCUUCAAAACUUUUCACCGCACUCACAAACGAUUUCAGUUUGUAGUCGCAAAGCUCUUCGAUGAGACAACUCAUCUUGUAGUUCGCGCUGAUGACUACCGAGGGAUCAAAGAAGAAUUGGAGCGGAGAACGAAGAAAAGUCUGCCUGAAGUUAGCCAUGUCUCGGGCGUGAAGAUUAUGGAAGAUAGAAAGUCUUUCCUUGACUUUGAGUCACACCGAGAGUUUUCCAUGUCCCUGAAAAACGAGAAUGACAAAAUAAGACAGAGGUAUGUGCUGUGAAUGUGAGGUAUGUGUUGUGAAAUCGAAUAUCUACCUCGAAUAUCUGCCGUCCAAACUUAAUUUCAUGAAUUUCAAAGACUUACUCAUCGCUGAUUGCAUAAAUUCUCAUUUCUAGUUGAAUAUUUAAUAUUAAGAUCGUGUACUUAAACUCCUUCGUUCUUAACGGUAAAUCACGCUCAAUCGAUUACUCGAAACUCUUAUAAUAUAAAUCGUAAAAUCUUUCUGUGGCGAUAUUUUCAUCGUUGACCUUCACCGAAAAAAAAAAUCUUCCCUUUGUUUACAUCUCUAAAUCAAUUUCGCCUGUACCUUUCGAAGAAAACCGCUCUGGAAGUUCUGCUAUCUUUUCCUAGAAAGAGCAAGAUAUUUAACGAGCUACCUCGUUCAAGUCACGCAACUUUCGUAACCAUCUUGGACGAAAUUUAAAUCCGGAAAAAACAAACCAUUCGUACCUGGUUAUUGAAUAGAUCCAAGAGAAUAUAAACAAUUUAUAAUAUUUUGAUAGAUCGUAUACAUUGGUCGAUGAACAAAAUAUAUUUUCAAAUUCACAUCCCGGCACGGUUCGGUGAGUUUCUCAGAAAAUACCCGGAGGUGAUUGCGUGAAUUGUAAUCGAUUCCCUCGAAUGAUUUGAAUGAGAUUUGAAAGACAAACAUGUUUAACCAUAUUAAACGCGAAAUGUUUUUUAUCCAAAGGCUCGUGUUUUCUAAUCGAUGACUGUUAAAAUGAUAUUAAAUAUUUAAAGGUAAGACUUCAAAUCAAUGGAAAAAAAGAAUACUCUACAAAAACAUCAAGGGCAAAUUGUUGUUUGGAAGAGAUAGAUCGCUUACCGUCGUGACCAAUGAGCACGGCACGAGAGUGCAUGCACGGGCCUAGAAGCAGCGCAUAACAAUCAAAUAAGUGGAAUUACAUUCAUUGAUGAACCGAAAAAUAAAAAAACUCUGAUACUGAAGUAAAGCUCAAAUUCAACAUGAUUUCCAAAGUUAAAGAAAGCGGCAGAAAUCGAUCGUAAGUUUUCCUUGACUCGUUGUUGCUUGACGCCUAUUAGUUCAUCAAAUGAGUAGAUAAAUACAUAAUACCUCUUCUAUAGCUGCGGUUUUUUUUUUCAUAUUUAGGAGGAAAGAAGAAGCGAAGAAACACGCAGAUAUAUUCCGUGACUCAUUGAAAAGCAAGCCUUGCCCACGCGUUUUGGCGUUUGAUGUGGAAACCUAUGAACACGAUAAAGUUACCGUCCUUGAAGUUGGCUACGUCAUGGCACAAAUUGACAAGCCGGAAGAACAGGAAGCGUUCCAUUACAUCAUCGAGGAGAAUCUCCACUAUUCAAACAAAGACUACGUCCCUGACAACCGCGAGCGAUUCAAAUUUGGUUCCUCAAAGCGCAUGUCUCUUGUGGAGGCCGCAGAGAAGUUCCAGCAGCAUAUCGCCGACGUAGAUUUUUUGGUGACCCACGCUGGCCAUAAUGAUGAACAGUACCUUGCGGGGUGUGGCAUCUCUUUAGAAGGAAGGCAGAUAUUUGAUACACAGAUGCUGGCCUCGGCUUUGAUGACCGGUGGUCCUCAGACUUACAGCCUCAAACGAUUGCUGGGUGACUUGGCCAUCGAGUAUGAGGAGGAUAUUUUACAUAACGCAGGGAAUGAUGCAGUGUACACACUGAAGGCGUUCCUCAGUCUCAGCAAGAAGAUUUAGCCUUCAAACUUUUCCAGCUUAUUUACAAUUUAGUAUUGUACUUUGAACUAUGCAGCGAACCGAUUUUAAAUUUGAGUUAGUAAAUAUUACAUCAAAUUUUACAUGGAAAUGUAUACAGCUACACUGAAUUAGUAUGACUAAGCAGAAUCUUACUCCUUCCCCAAUACUUUGCUUAGCAUCCCUAGAGGUCAGAUCUACCCAGGAUUUUCAAAGCAUGUACAUGUGGAUGGAUCUCAAUCUGAAAUGCAGGCAUUUUAAAAUUUUGCAUCAAGUAAAUUUUAUUCGUGGAUAUUUGCACAUGCUGAUUGCACCUCGAUAACAAAUCGGGGUUCUCUGAACUAGUUCUAACGUGACAAGCACAAUUUGUAAGAAAUGAUAGUUUUAUUAUUAAACAUAUUUAGACUUUGGCAAAAUAUGCAAUGGUUUCAUUUGCCAGAAAACAACGAACAAGGUUAUUAGUUUCUUAUGUAACUGCUGUGCUGCGUCAUGGGUUGUUAGCUAUUCAACAAUUACGAGAUUAAAACAGUUACCUCAUCACGGAGCCUAGUUUUGGUAUUUGCAGAUGUACCCGUAGAGAAUCAAAAAUCUAUUCGUUUGCGCAUGCCCUGCGUUUGACCGCUGUAGUACUUCAUGACGUGUGACAAUCCUCGGAAACUAAUCGCGACAAAUAAUCGUGGUUACGUGGAUCUCAACAGCUGGUAAGCAAUCGUUUCAGCUUCGCUCGUUGUAAAACACGUUAUUUGGCAUGGAUAAACUGACAAAGACCAAUAAAUGUCUUUAAAAUAUGAUUAUAGGAAG